AACUUACUUGCUCCUGCUCUGCUCGAAACUCGCGUAGUGCGGUCGCGGGAUUCGAACCGCGACUUGCAUCACUCUUUUGCCUUGGCUCUGGUAUCGAGUCUCGAGUCAGCUCGAGUCGUCAUCGUGCCCCGUCGAAUAUUGUCGUGGUGGUCGUCGAGGCUUUUAAAUCGAUAAAGACUAAACAGGAGACGUCAGUCAACAUAAAUAGUGUGUUGUGUGUGUGCGCGGGUGUGUGUACGUUAUAAUCCUGACAACUAUUUGUUGUUGAACACCAUAAGGACAAUAAGAAAAAAUCAUGGACAAGGACGAGGAGCCCCGAGAUUUUGGUGCAGGCGAAGGCGCGUGCGGUCCGUCGUCGUCGGCCACGGCUUCGUUCUCCUUAGCUGAUCAACAGUCUGGCGAGGCUGGCAAGUCCGCCAUCGAGGUCGUCGAGGACAACUAUGGCUGCGAGCACUACAAGAGAAAGUCCAAGUUUGUGACGCCGUGCUGCAACAAAGUCUACACGUGCCGCUUCUGCCACGACGAGCACGAGACCCACUCGGUCAAGCGAAAAGAGGUGACGGAGUUGAUUUGCACGCUCUGCGAGACCCGCCAGCCGGUACAGGCUACCUGCCAGAAAUGUCAUGUACGCUUUGGCAAGUACACUUGCCUAGAGUGCAAUCUUUUCGACGACGAGGACAAGAAUCAGUAUCAUUGCGACGGAUGCGGUAUCUGCAGGCUCGGUGGUCGCGACAGAUUCUUUCACUGUGCCAAAUGCAACAUGUGUCUGCCCAUCGAACUCCAGAACGGCCAUAAGUGCGUCGAAAAUGUUUCACAUGCAAACUGUCCAGUGUGUCUUGAAGAUAUUCACACCAGUCGCAUUCCCUGUCACAUUCCCAAUUGUGGACAUUUACUGCAUCGUACCUGUUUCCAAGAUCUGUUGCAUUCGGGUCAUUACGCGUGUCCAACCUGUCAGGUAUCACUGCUUGACAUGACUGAUCUCUGGUUGUUUUUGGACAAGGAAGUCAACCUUACCCCAAUGCCACCAGAGUACAACAAUUACAAGGCUGAUAUUCUGUGCAAAGAUUGUCAUGAGGAAUCAACCGUGAAAUUUCACGUGGUUGGACUGAAGUGUUUAAAGUGCGGUAGCUACAAUACAUGUCGAAUCAAGGGAUCUCCUUGCCCAGACCCGGAAUCUCUGAACGCGGUUGCGGCUAGUGGUAAUUGGAUGGGCGGUGGCGAGGACCAUUCACCGUCGCAAGGAUCGCAGGCGCAGUAGCAAAAAGCGCGUAGACGUUGGACGGCCGCGACGACUCGCUUCUUGUGCAUGGUUCUCAGGCGUUUGUUUUUGCACAAGUGAUGAGGUUAUAUCCAUUUGAACCCCAGCUACACUAUCUACUUUUUCCUAUUCCUAGAUAUAUAUACACAAUGCAUUGAUGACUGUGCACGUAUUUUCAAAUUUAGUGUGUCAUGACGCUUUUUAUUAUAUAAUGUACACCCUUGUCAUUCGAUUAGAACAAAUUUGAAUUCAGGAUUUUGUACUAACUUUUUUUUUUAUUAAUUUUUUACUCCAUGUACACUGAGUGAGAAAAAGUUUUUUAUGUUGCAGUGAACUAGGUAUUGUAUUAUAAUAGUUCUACAUUGUAAUAAUAUUACUUUUAUUCUUAUUUACGCGUGAUAAAAUUAAAAUUCAAAGUAUAAUUUACUUGUGAGAAUCUGAUAAAACUUUUGUUUUGCAGGAAACAUUUUCCAUGCUAUUAAAUCUUAUCAUUUGAAAACGAUUCAAGUAUACCAAAAUAUACUUGUAAAUGACCUUUGAAUAAAGUAAUUAAACCUAAACUUGUAUGAGUCAGGAUAUUCCUAAGCUUAUUUUGUUUUGUCAUCUUUAUUUUACUAGCAAUAGUAAUUAUGUAUCAAUACAUCCUUUAUCAUCAAUAUAAUACAGCGAGUAAAGUAAUAAUGUAUAUUAAGGCUCUAAUAUUGUAUAGUGUACACUUGAAGUUGGAUUUUUUUGUUAUUUUAACUGUCAUUCUUUGUUGUGCAGACACAACAGUCACAUUAGUUGGUCAACAUUUUUAGUAGUCAUUAUCGACACAAAUAGAGCGACGGCAAACUGAAUCAAUAUUUUAUAAAACAUACGCAUAACAAUGAAACUUAUAACAAAGUAUUUUAACAUUUUUUAUUGUAGCACUGAACUCAUUUAUUAUUGGCAUUGAGUAUAUUCGUGACUACCGUAUUAUGUAUAACUAAUCGAUAUCUCUGAUAACGGGUUGCAACUGUAUUCAACUACAUAUUUAUAUUGUAAGUGUACUACUACUUGAUGCAGAUAAAAGAAUAACAAAUGUGUAAUCGGUUAUACCUACUGAAUGGCAGUUAUGUUUUGUACCAUAAUAGUUUGGAGCAUUCCUUUUUAAUUAAUCAAACAUUUAUCUGCAUUUUAAAGUUUUUGUACUUCUUUAAUUUUUUAAAGAAUCAAAGUUCUUUCAUUAUAAUGAAAAUAAGCAAUCGUGUGUACAUAGACUAGUGAAUAAAAAAAUAUUCUUAUUUCUUGUUGAGUUAUAGUUGUUGAUUAAAUUUCAGAUUUGUAAUCUAAUAAUGUAAAGGAAUAGAUGAAAAGUUGUGUGAGGGGAAAAGAUAAUAAAAACCAAAGGACAUAAUUACAAAAUGUGCAAAUGUUUUUUUGAAACAUAUGUUAAAGUACACAUUACUCGCAAAUUCAGCAUAAGUCAACGAAAUUAUGUUUCUCAGCAAAAUAUGUAAAUGUAUUUUUUAGUUGAAUAUAAAAGUUUUCACUCCUA